AUGAUGAAGUGGGCUAUCAUCCUGUGUGCCAUAGUGGCCCUCUCCGAGUGUCAUACCAGGAUUUCUCUGAUCAAGGGGAAGACUGCCAGAGAAACCCUGAUGGAGAAAGGUAUAUGGGAGGAGACUAGGCAGAAGUACCCCUACAACCCUAUGGCGAAGUUCAUCCAGACUGGUGCAAAUGAGGCAAUGACCAACGAUGCUGAUUUGUCCUACUAUGGAGUGAUUUCCAUUGGAACACCUCCUCAGUCCUUCAAGGUCAUAUUUGACACUGGCUCCUCCAACCUGUGGGUUCCCUCUGUCUACUGCUCCAGUCAGGCCUGCCAGAACCAUGACAAAUUCAAUCCUGGAUUGUCCAGCACCUUCAAGUUGGGUAGCAAGACUGUUUCCAUUCAGUAUGGAUCUGGCAGCAUGACUGGAAAGCUGGCAUACGACACUAUUUCGGUGGGAGGCAUCUCUGUCACCCAGCAGAUCUUUGGUGCCAGUGAGACCGAGUCUCCCUUCAUGUCCUACAUGGUUGCCGAUGGUAUCCUGGGCCUGGCUUUCCCCAACCUGGCGGCCUCUGGAGCCACACCCAUCUUUGACAGCAUGAUGACCCAGGGUCUCCUGUCCCAGUCCCUCUUCUCUGUCUACCUGAGCAGAAACUCCGCAGAGGGUAGCGUGGUGUCCUUUGGUGUCAUCGAGCCUUCCUACUACACUGGACAGAUCACCUGGAUCCCCCUGUCCGUUAUGACCUUCUGGCAGAUCACCAUGGACAGUGUUACCAUCAACGGCAACACCGUGGCUUGCAAUGGUGGUUGUCAGGCUAUCAUAGAUACUGGCACCUCCAUGAUCGUCGGUCCAACCGAUGACAUCAAAAACAUGAACUACUGGGCCGGAGCCACCAUCAACCAGUACGGAUAUACCACCGUGAACUGCAACAACAUCCCCAACAUGCCCGAGGUGACCUUCACCCUCAACGGAAACACCUUCACCAUCCCUGCCUCUGCCUAUACCAUCCAGGACUCCUACGGCUGCAGGACUGGUUUUUGUAACGGUGGAUAUCAGCAGCUUUGGAUUCUUGGAGAUGUCUUCAUCAGGCAGUACUAUACAAUCUUCGACAGGGACAACAACAGGGUUGGUCUGGCUCAUGCUGUGUAA